AUGCUGACGGACGAUUCGGUUGGCCCAGAAGUCUGGUACCUGGUAGGGUCCCGGUUGUCUAGAGGAAAGAUUUGGCUCGGCUCUAUUUGGCCGCCUUGCGCUCAGCUGAAGACAGCAUCUGCCACAGUGUCUGUCUGUCCUGAACUGGGUUGUACUCUUGUCAAAGGCGUUACCAGAUGCCUCGUUAGCAAAGAUCUCUUAGCACGGGCUCCACAUGUUUUUAAACUCCGAAAAUCCGCCGCUUCUGCCCGACAAACCAAUCGCCACUUAGCAUUCCAGACUCAACGCCAGUGA